GGAUCCAAUAUCACUGACACCUGCACUGAGAUGCUAAUGUGUGGUGUCUUGCUGAAAAUUUCUUCUGGAAAUAUUCAAGAACGGGUAUUCUUUCUUUUUGAUAAUCUUCUGGUGUAUUGCAAAAGGAAACACAGACGGUUGAAGAAUAGCAAGGCAUCUACAGAUGGACAUCGGUACCUUUUUCGUGGCCGGAUCAAUACGGAGGUGAUGGAAGUGGAGAAUGUGGAUGAUGGCACGGCUGAUUUCCAUAGCAGUGGACACAUUGUUGUCAAUGGAUGGAAGAUACAUAACACAGCGAAAAAUAAAUGGUUUGUGUGUAUGGCAAAAACACCCGAGGAGAAACAUGAAUGGUUUGAAGCUAUUUUGAAAGAAAGAGAACGGCGAAAAGGUUUAAAAUUAGGAAUGGAGCAAGACACCUGGGUAAUGAUCUCCGAACAGGGCGAGAAACUCUACAAGAUGAUGUGCAAACAAGGGAAUCUGAUCAAAGACAGAAAAAGAAAACUGACCACAUUCCCUAAAUGCUUUCUUGGAAGUGAAUUUGUGUCAUGGCUCUUGGAAAUUGGAGAGAUUCACAGGCCUGAGGAAGGUGUACACUUAGGACAAGCAUUAUUAGAAAAUGGAAUCAUCCACCAUGUUACUGAUAAACAUCAGUUCAAGCCAGAGCAGAUGCUAUAUAGAUUCCGCUAUGAUGAUGGAACAUUUUAUCCAAGAAAUGAAAUGCAGGACGUGAUUUCAAAGGGAGUGAGAUUAUAUUGCCGUCUUCAUAGUCUGUUUACUCCAGUGAUAAGAGAUAAAGAUUACCAUCUACGAACCUACAAGUCUGUAGUCAUGGCCAACAAGCUGAUAGACUGGUUAAUUGCACAGGGGGAUUGUCGCACCAGAGAAGAGGCAAUGAUAUUUGGUGUCGGACUCUGUGACAAUGGAUUCAUGCACCAUGUUCUUGAAAAAAGUGAAUUCAAAGAUGAACCCCUACUUUUCCGUUUUUUUGCGGAUGAGGAAAUGGAAGGAUCAAAUAUGAAGCAUCGACUUAUGAAACAUGAUUUAAAAGUUGUGGAAAAUGUUAUAGCCAAAUCACUAUUGAUUAAAUCCAAUGAAGGCAGCUAUGGUUUUGGGUUAGAAGACAAAAAUAAAGUUCCAAUAAUAAAGUUGGUAGAAAAGGGGUCUAAUGCUGAGAUGGCUGGCAUGGAAGUUGGGAAAAAGAUUUUUGCUAUUAAUGGUGACCUAGUUUUUAUGAGACCUUUCAAUGAAGUGGAUUGCUUCCUGAAAUCAUGCUUAAACAGCAGAAAGCCUCUAAGAGUUCUUGUGAGCACAAAGCCAAGGGAGACAGUGAAAAUCCCAGAUUCAGCUGAGGGACUUGGAUUCCAGAUACGAGGAUAUGGCCCAUCGGUUGUCCACGCAGUAGGAAGAGGAACUGUCGCUGCAGCAGCUGGUCUUCACCCUGGACAGUGUAUUAUCAAAGUAAAUGGAAUCAAUGUCAGCAAAGAGACCCAUGCCAGUGUUAUUGCACACGUUACAGCCUGCAGGAAAUACAGAAGACCAAUGAAGCAAGAUUCCAUACAAUGGGUGUAUAAUAGCAUUGAGAGCGCUCAAGAAGACCUUCAAAAGUCUAACUCCAAACCUCCUGGAGAUGAAGUAGGGGAUGCUUUUGACUGCAAAGUAGAAGAGGUAAUUGACAAGUUUAACACCAUGGCCAUCAUUGAUGGGAAGAAGGAGCACGUGAGUCUGACAGUAGACAAUGUGCACCUGGAAUAUGGGGUCGUGUAUGAGUACGACAGCACAGCUGGGAUAAAGUGCAACGUGGUAGAGAAGAUGAUUGAGCCCAAAGGUUUCUUCAGCCUCACUGCCAAGAUUCUUGAAGCCCUGGCUAAAAGUGAUGAUUAUUUUGUACAAAACUGUACCAGCCUUAACUCUCUAAAUGAAGUGAUUCCUACUGACCUUCAGAGUAAAUUCAGUGCGAUUUGUAGUGAAAAAAUUGAGCACAUAUGUCAGAGAAUAUCCAGUUAUAAAAAGUUUUCACGCGUACUGAAGAAUAGAGCCUGGCCCACCUUCAAACAGGCCAAAUCUAAACUCUCCCCAUUACACAGCAGUGAUUUCUGCCCCACCAACUGCCAUGUCAACAUAAUGGAAGUUUCCUAUCCCAAAACAUCAACCUCCCUUGGGAGUGCAUUUGGUGUUCAGCUGGAUAGCAGGAAGCAUAAUUCUCAUGAUAAGGAAAAUAAAUCUGAGCAAGGGAAACUGAGCCCUAUGGUGUACAUUCAGCACACAAUCACGACCAUGGCGGCCCCUUCAGGCCUGUCUCUGGGACAGCAGGAUGGGCGUGGGCUCCGGUACUUGUUAAAAGAAGAAGACCUGGAAACUCAAGAUAUUUAUCAGAAACUGUUGGGCAAACUUCAGACUGCACUGAAGGAGGUGGAGAUGUGUGUUUGUCAAAUUGAUGACCUUCUGUCUUCCAUAACAUAUUCUCCUAAAUUAGAACGUAAGACACCAGAGUGCGUAGUACCACCAGAGAGUGACAACGAGAAGGGAGAGAGAAAUAGCAAACGGGUCUGUUUUAAUAUGGCGGGAGAUGAGCAGGAAGACUCGGGCCAUGACACCAUCAGCAACAGAGAUUCUUACAGUGACUGCAACAGCAACAGGAAUUCCAUCGCCUCCUUCACCAGCAUCUGCAGCAGCCAGUGCAGCUCCUACUUCCACAGCGAUGAAAUGGACUCAGGUGAUGAACUUCCCCUCAGUGUUCGCAUUUCUCAUGAUAAGCAGGACAAGAUACAUAGCUGUCUUGAGCAUCUUUUCAGCCAGGUGGAUUCAAUUACCAAUCUCCUAAAAGGACAAGCUGUUAUAAGGGCCUUUGAACAAACCAAGUACCUCACACCAGGUCAAGGAUUACAAGAAUUUCAGCAGGAAAUGGAACCAAAGUUGAGUUGUCCAAAAAGGUUAAGACUUCACAUCAAGCAAGACCCUUGGAAUCUUCCCAGCAGCGUCCGGAAUCUUGCUCAGAACAUCAGAAGAUUUGUUGAAGAGGUCAAGUGUAGGAUACUCCUGGCUCUUCUUGAAUAUUCAGACAGUGAAACACAGCUCCGAAGAGACAUGGUUUUCUGCCAGAGUCUUGUGGCCACCGUGUGUGCCUUCUCUGAGCAACUCAUGGCAGCAUUAAACCAGAUGUUUGACAACAGCAAAGACAAUGAGAUGGACACGGGGGAAGCCAGCAGAAGGUGGCUGGACCAGAUAGCAAAUGCGGGUGUUCUUCUUCACUUUCAGUCACUCCUGUCGCCAAACCUGACAGAUGAACAAGCCAUGCUAGAAGAUACACUGGUUGCACUAUUUGAUUUGGAAAAAGUUUCUUUUUACUUUAAACCAUCAGAAGAGGAACCACUGGUUGCAAAUAUUCCUCUUACGUAUCAAGUAGAGGGAAGCCGGCAGGCUCUGAAGGUUUACUUCUACAUUGAUAGUUACCAUUUUGAACAACUGCCUCAACGUUUGAAAAAUGGAGGAGGGUUUAAAAUUCAUCCCGUUCUUUUUGCACAAGCACUGGAAAGCAUGGAAGGAUAUUAUUAUAGAGACAAUGUUUCAGUGGAAGAAUUUCAAGCCCAGAUAAAUGCAGCCUCAUUGGAAAAAGUCAAACAAUACAACCAAAAGCUCAGGGCCUUCUACUUGGACAAGUCAAACUCACCACCCAACUCCACAUCCAAAGCUGCCUAUGUAGAUAAGCUAAUGAGGCCUCUCAAUGCUCUGGAUGAACUUUAUCGGCUGGUAGCCUCGUUUAUCAGAUCCAAGCGCACGGCGGCCUGCGCAAACACAGCCUGCAGCGCGUCAGGGGUGGGGCUGCUGUCCGUGUCCUCGGAGCUGUGCUCCCGGCUGGGGGCCUGCCACAUCAUCAUGUGUAACAGUGGCGUGCACAGGUGCACUCUGAGCGUGACCCUGGAGCAGGCCAUCAUUCUGGCCCGAAGCCACGGGCUGCCUCCCCGCUACAUCAUGCAGGCCACUGACGUGAUGCGGAAGCAGGGAGCAAGAGUUCAGAACACAGCAAAGAAUUUGGGAAUCAGAGACCGAACCCCACAGUCUGCUCCAAGGCUCUACAAGCUGUGCGAGCCGCCUCCCCCCAUGGGAGAAGAAUGAAGAGAAUCGCCAAGGAACCAGACAAGCAGAAGCUUCUGCAAACCAGACAGAGGACAUGCUGGCUACACAUUCUCCAUUCAAGAUAAGGAAAUAGCUUUUUUUUU